AUGAAGAAUUGGCCAGCACCAAAAUCAGUGAAGGAGCUACGUGGAUUUUUGGGCUUAACAGGCUAUUAUCGAAAGUUUGUGAAGGGUUACGGUGCUAUCGCAAGGCCCUUAACAGACUUAUUGAAGAAAGAUCAAUUUGAAUGGUGCAAUAGAGCUCAGAGUGCGUUUCAACAGUUGAAGGAAGCAAUGAUUACAGCACCGGUGCUCGCAUUGCCAAAUUUCUCAGAGGUCAUUGUGGUGGAAUCUGAUGCUUCAGGGUAUGGUUUGGGUGCAGUGUUGAUGCAAGGCCAGAGACCAAUAGCAUAUUUUAAUUCGGGUUUAUCGGAUAGAGACCAAAUCAAACCUAUCUAUGAACGUGAGCUAAUGGCGAUUGUGUUGGCUAUUCAAAAGUGGAGACACUACUUACUUGGGAGGAAAUUUGUGGUACACACAGACCAGAAGAGCUUGAAGUUUUUGCUAGAGCAACGUGAAGUUUCCAUGGAUUAUCAAAAAUGGUUGACGAAAUUGCUUGACUACGAUUUUGAUAUCAUCUUCAAACCUGGAGUGGAAAAUAAGGCAGAAGAUGGGUUGUCACGGAUUGUAACACAGUCGACAACUUCAGUGAAUGCUCAGCUUUUCUCCGUAACUGUUCUGGCUAAUUUGCAAAUCCAAGACAUUUUCCGAAAAAUUGAGGAAGAUGCUACAAUACAGGCACAAUUACAGAGAGUGAAGGAUGGAUUGGAGGAUAGAGAAGGUUUUACAGUGGUUGAUGAGAAGCUACGUUUUCGUCAGAGGUUGGUGAUUCCAAAAACUUCAAAGUACAUCCCUCUGAUCUUGAACGAGUUUCAUACGAGUGUAGUUGGUGGACAUUCAGGAGUGUUGAAAACAUUGAAGCGAGUCCAGGGAAUUUUUUAUUGGAAACAGAUGCUGAAGGACAUCAGAAAGUUUGUGGCAGAAUGUGACGUGUGUCAGCGUCAAAAAUAUUCCACAUUGUCACCGGCGGGAUUAUUACAACCCUUACCAAUUCCAAAUAAGGUUUGGGAUGGAAUAUCGAUGGAUUUUAUAGAAGGAUUGCCUACAUCUCAGGGAUUUAAUGUGAUAUUGGUUGUGGUGGAUCGGCUCAGCAGAUUUGCACAUUUUCUGAAGCUCAAACAUCCGUUUACAGCUUAUGAUGUAGCUCAAAAGUUUAUUGAUGGAGUGGUGAAGUUACACGGAUUUCCAGGAUCGAUAGUCUCAGAUCGUGAUCGGAUUUUUCUGAGUUCCUUCUGGAAAGAGCUGUUUAAACGGGCAGGAGCGAAGCUGAAUUUUAGUACAGUUUUCCACCCACAAUCAGAUGGCCAAACGGAAGUCCUGAAUCGUUGUUUGGAAACGUACCUUCGCUGUUUUGCCUCGUCUCACCCGAAGUCUUGGGCACGAUUUUUGACAUGGGCAGAGCUUUGGUACAAUACAAGCUUUCACACAACGCUUGGUUCUACACCAUUUAAGGUGGUCUAUGGAAGAGAACCUCCAAAUUUGUUGAGUUAUGAAGCAUGA